AGAUAACUCAAUAAAGAAACAGAAACUGGGUGCGCUGUCCUUAUUCGUUCAGUGGGAUUCUCGAAAAGCAAGCAAAAUGAAAGCAGCACUGAAAGAGGACCUGAGUUUUCUGAAAAAGGUGCCGCUGUUGGCCGAAGCCACGUCCAAUGUUGAUGCCCCAGUGCCUGGCUACUUGUACAAAGAGAUAAGCUCCAUGACAUUGGAGAACGAUGGUCAGUAUGCUGAGCAAGUUGUGGAUUACCUUCUGGGCGCCUUACUGGAGGGACGAUCACCGACAAAAGUGAAGUGCCUGAGGGUGCUGCAGCACGUUAUCACCAAUGGUCACACCAGUGUACGGACUAUCCUGGCCAGGAAAGACGCUGCCCUUAGAUCAGUUGCGAAUGUAUCCGGGGGUGGCUCGGAAAACCAGUGCCUUCGCUUGCUUGCCAAGGACCUGCUCCAUGCAGUUCACGAUGAUGGUGCUGUGAGCCACCAGAGUGCUGGACAGCUUCCCCCUGUUCAGCAAGAAACCCGGUCAUAUUCCGGUCUCGGGGCUUCAGUGGCUACAACUGGGAAAUACCAGGGAUUUGGAAAUGCGCCGGUCGGUCCAAAGACAUUGGCUGAACAAGUGACUGACGGGAUUGCGAGGGUCGUGGACAAGAUUGCAGGGAAGCCGGCCGACAAGGCUGCGAGUGACCUACUUACCGAAGGCCUGCCCAAGUUUCAGCCGGUGACAGUUCAGUCCCCGGCUUCGACAUCCGAAAAAACUACUAGCAUUCCACAGCAGGCUGUGAAAAUUACAGCAAAACCACAGAAAGCCCGUAAGAAGGGCCAUGCUGGAGGUGGCUGGGAUGAUGAUGAAGAUGAGACUGACGAUGGCAACGUGUCGGGGACAGUAAGCGACUCUGCAAGCCUUGGUGAUUCCACCAGGACCAGUGAUCUUCCAAAUGAACCUCUUGCUGAGUUGUACGAGAAAGAGGCACAGGCUGUGGAUGCCUUCGUUGAUCCAAGCCUAGAGUUUCCGCCUUUGCGACGAGAACUGGAUGACGCUCGUGAGAGGUGCGCCGCACUCAACAUGGACAGGGUUGCGCAGCUGCUUACUGCAAAGGUCUUUGCACCACAAGAGAGCAUGCAGAUGAGGGCUCUGGUAUUGAUAGAAGCUUUGCUGCGAAAGGGUGACAUUGAUCUUGCCAGCCAGGGGGCACCACUUUUGGCACAGCUUCAAGACUUGCAGGCGAAAUCAUCUGAUCCUGUCCAAGUCAAAGCCAGGAAGAUUUCCCUGAUCAUCCAGAAGCUGAUAGAGGAGCCAGAGACAUGACUACCAAGUAUAUGCAUGUUACUCUAUGUGAAGUUAAUUAUUGCAUUGAUAUGACAAAGUGCAGCAGCGAAUCAAGACAAAGACACAAAAAUGAACAUGACGUGACAGGUUCUGCCGUGCCGUGUCUUUUUCUUUGAUUCAGUAGUAGCUUGGCUGGUUUGCUACCAGGACAGACUCAGCACUUUGUCUAGCCUCUUUAUUAAAUUCUCUCACAGUCACUGCCACGUCCACACAAGUCACUUGGUCAUGCAAGUCAACAUACAGUGGAAUCUCGAUAAACGGAAAUCACUUAAAUGGAACUGCCACUCAAACAGAACACUACCCUCACGCUUGGUUGGUUUCGUAUUCAUGCAAUGCUCUCUGCAAUGUCUCUCAGUAAAUGGAACUACUGAUAAAUGGAAUCAAUUUCCCUGGUACCUUGAGGUUCUGUUUAAGGAGAGUUCACUGUACAAGGACAGGGCUUUCUUGUUUACCCCUGUCAUUUCUGAUAAUCUUUGUAUGAAACCUAAUGAAUAAAGCCUUUUGCACUGUGCAUGCAGAAGUGAUGAUGACGAUAUAAUCUAAUUCUACAAAAACACACGUGAUUGAUGCUACCUUUGUAGAAAGCUUUAUCUGAAGCGAAGAGCACGAUUUUUAAUUUUUUUGGAGAUGUAGUGAACAGUUCAUUAUUAGUGAACAGGUCAGAAAGCAUUUCAGUCAUUGUCAGUCUCCAACAAUAUAGCUCCACACUCUUUUAAUAGAAAUGUUGAACGUAUGCUUAGUGCUGUUGAAUUUGAGCAGAGAGCUGCAAACACUUUAAUUUUUUUUUUCAUAGUCUUUGUGCUAGCAGAAAAAUAAAUGCUUCCUUUUGGUGUCUGC